GAUGCGAUGCUCCCUUGGCACUAUGACCUGGACAACGGUGAAAACAUUUCUGUUGGAGAUCGCCUGAUCCGUGUGCAAGACAUCUGCUUCACACAGAAGGAAGUCAAUGACAGCUUCUCGCAUCAGCAACGACCAAUCAUGGAGCUCAUCGACAAUCUACUGAAGGGGCAUACACAGCCGCGUGAAGUGCCACGCGUACGCGUGGCAUGGCACCAAGGUGCCUUCUGGUCAGCUGACAACAGAAGGCUCUAUGCCUUCAAGCACUGCAACGUGGAUUGGCUUCCUGUCAGGGUCCUCCGUUGGGACGAGCAGCACGAAUUUGAGAUGAAGAGCAAGAAUGGCGAAAAACUGCGAACGGAAUAUGCCCAGCGAGUUCACGAUCAGCAGCGGCAGGCUGCAGCUGAGCGAUACCUGACCGAGAGCAGGUACCGGGAUUACCUGGCGCGUUGUACGAUGAUGCAGUGGAUGUUCGUCGUUGAAAUGCAGGGCCAGGUUCUGCCAGCAACGAUAGUCAAAGCUACGCCAGAUGGCACGUUCGAAGCAGUGGUUUGGAAUGGUCAGCAUCAUUUGUUGCACCCAUGCCUGCUGCCUUCGCAACUAUGGCGAAACCGGGAGGUACCUGAACCACAGCGGCUCCCCGCGAUCGAUCCCGGCUGCAUGAGCUACAUUGUUCCCAGCGACCUGCACUCUAAGCUGCCCAGGCCAUGGUGUGGAAUCUGCGGAAUUUGUGUCGGGUCAUCUUCAAAGGACUUGAAGCAGCAUGAACAGGGUCACCAGGGCCUUUUCAACUGCCUGGAUUGCCCAAAGAAGUGCAAGGGCAGUGCAGAUUUGCGGCGGCAUUCCAGGAAGAUGUCUCACAGAAUCCCUAUUCAGCCUGAAGCUCAGAACCCUGCCAUUUCAGUGUAG